GGGGGCCCGGCGGUCCAUGCAUCCGCCGCCGCCCGCCGCUGCCGCGAUGGAUUUCAGUCAGAACAGCCUGUUCGGCUACAUGGAGGACCUGCAGGAGCUCACCAUCAUCGAGAGGCCGGUCCGCCGGAGCCUCAAGACACCAGAAGAAAUAGAAAGAUUGACAGUUGAUGAAGACCUCAGUGAUAUUGAAAGGGCUGUUUAUCUGCUCAGUGCUGGCCAAGAUAUUCAAGGAACAAGUGUGAUCGCAAAUCUUCCAUUUCUGAUGCGACAGAAUCCUGCUGAGACACUUCGGAGAGUCUUGCCGAAAGUUAGAGAAGUCCUGCAUGGUGCAGGAGUGGAAAUGCAGUUAACAGCUGCAGUGUCGUUCCUGACCAUUCUACAGGAAGAAUCGGUGUCAAUUCAUACGUACGCCCACGCCUUCCUCCAAGUCAUUCUGCUACACCUGGAGCACAGGGAUGCAGGUGUCAGCAAUGCAUGGCUGGAAACUCUUCUGUCUGUGAUAGAAGUAUUGCCCAAAGAUACCCUAAGACAUGAGAUUUUGAACCCACUUGUUUCCAAGGCACAACUUUCCCAAACAGUCCAGUCUCGUUUAGUUAGUUGUAAAAUUUUAGGAAAAUUGACCAACAAAUUUGAUGCCCAUACCAUUAAAAGAGAAAUACUUCCUCUGGUAAAAUCACUGUGUCAAGAUGUAGAAUAUGAAGUUCGGUCUUGUAUGUGUCGGCAAUUAGAAAACAUAGCUCAGGGCAUUGGGACAGAACUUACAAAGAGCGUGGUGCUUCCUGAACUGAUAGAGCUCUCUAGGGAUGAGAGCAGCAGCGUACGUCUCGCAGCUUUUGAAACUUUGGUUAAUCUGCUUGAUGUAUUUGAUGCAGAUGACAGAAGUCAAACUAUACUUCCCCUAGUGAAAUCAUUUUGUGAAAAAUCUUUCAAAGCAGAUGAAUCAAUUCUUAUUUCCUUGUCUUUCCAUUUAGGAAAACUAUGCCAUGGACUAUAUGGAAUUUUUACUCCAGAUCAACACUUGAGAUUUUUGGAGUUUUAUAAGAAACUCUGUACAUUGGGUUUGCAACAAGAAAAUGGACACAAUGAAAAUCAGAUUCCACCCCAAAUCCUAGAGCAGGAGAAGAAGUAUAUUUCAGUCCGGAAGAACUGUGCUUAUAACUUUCCGGCCAUGAUUGUUUUUGUUGAUCCUAAAAACUUCCACAUGGAACUCUAUUCUACAUUCUUCUGCCUUUGUCAUGACCCUGAAGUACCAGUCAGAUACACUAUUGCUAUUUGCUUUUAUGAAGUAUCUAAACUUCUAAAUUCUGGAGUAUAUUUAAUUCAUAAAGAACUAAUAACAUUAUUACAAGAUGAAUCACUGGAGGUACUAGAUGCUCUUAUAGAUCAUCUUCCAGAAAUCCUUGAACUUAUGUCUGCUGGUGGAGAAAGCAGUGUUCAAGAAAACAAGUUAUCAUCUCUGCCUGACUUGAUCCCAGCCCUCACAGCCGCUGAGCAGCGAGCGGCAGCCUCCUUGAAAUGGAGAACUCAUGAGAAGCUACUCCAGAAAUAUGCCUGUCUGCCACACAUCAUAUCAAGUGAUCAGAUUUAUUAUCGUUUCUUACAAAGAAUGUUCACAAUCAUGAUGACAAAUAAUGUCUUACCUGUCCAAAAGGCAGCUUCACGGACUCUAUGCGUUUUUCUACGUUAUAAUCGUAAACAAGAACAGAGACAUGAGGUCAUUCAAAAAUUAAUUGAACAACUGGGCCAAGGAAAAAGUUAUUGGAACAGACUUCGAUUUUUGGAUACCUGUGAAUUUAUUAUAGAAAUCUUCUCCAAAUCAUUUUUCUGUAAAUAUUUCUUUCUACCUGCUAUUGAACUGACACAUGAUCCUGUGGCAAAUGUGAGAAUGAAACUUUGCUGCUUGUUGCCCAAAGUGAAAUCUACCCUGAAGAUCCCUGCAGAUAAGCACCUACUUCAGCAGUUAGAAAUGUGUGUGCGGAAACUCCUCUGCCAAGAAAAAGAUAAGGAUGUCCUGGCUAUUGUCAAAAGAACCGUGUUAGAGCUGGACAGAAUGGAAAUGUCCAUGGAUGCGUUUCAGAAAAAGUUUUAUGAAAAAGAUUUGUUGGAUCAAGAGAAAGAAAGAGAAGAACUACUUCUUAUGGAAAUGGAACAAUUAGAGAAAGAGAAACAACAGAAUGAUGGGAGGCCCAUGAGCGAUAGAACCUUUGAGAAGAAACGUAGAGACACUAAGACACCAACAACUCUGCCCAAGAACAUCCCUAUUUCUGUUCCUGGACCUUCUGGAACAAGCACCCCAUCAACAAGCAAAGAAGUCAAGAAAUCCAAACUGAUUCGAAGCCAGUCUUUUAAUAAUCAAGCUUUUCAUGCAAAGUAUGGCAACUUAGACAAGUGUCCUAGUAAAAGUUCUACAGCGGGAUAUACGCCUUCUGUCUCAGGGUUAGGGAAGACUUCUGUGAUUUCACUGACUGAUGACUCAUUCCGCACUCGCAAUGCCAGUAGCACCCCGACCUCCUUUUCUCCCAGUCCUUCCCUACCGAGCACCUCCCGGACAGGGAACUCAGUUGAUCCAAAGAGCAGUGGAAGUAAAGACACGCAACCACGAAAGGCUACCUUAAAAUCGAGAAAAUCCAAUCCUUAAAUCAUCUGCUUGAUGAAGGAAGCAAAACAAAGACAACUGGAGAUAAUGUGAUUGAUGGACAAAAGCUAAAG